AUGAACAUUCGCCUUUUCCCUCCUAAGUCAAAUGUUCAAGUCGCCUUGCCUCGUUAUGUUGCACAUGAGCCUUCUCAAUUGUUCGCCCUUCUGUUGGAGUUUGUGCGAAUGAAGGAAUUUUCUGAUGAGUUUGCCCCUGCGUUCGAGGGAGCGGGCUUGGUUGAGGUUAAGGUGAUGACCGGGCGAGGGCAUGCGACAGGGGUAGCGGCUGAGCGAUUGGACCGGAUGAACCUGAGAUUCCGGGAGCAGCUGAAAACUCGUUCUAUGAGGGGGGAAUGUAUGCAAGUUUACCGCUUUUGGAAGUUUGAGAAAGAGAGAGAACGUGUCGAUUGGUAUGGUAACUCCUUGGCCUUCACCUUCACGAAGAUGUGGUCUCGUCGCAAUCGCACAUUAGCGGGAACGUAUCAGUCACGCUUCUGUAGGUCUGCUUUAUAUGACGACGAUUUGUAUCGUGAUCUGGCGCAAUGGGUGCAGGCAUACCGAAUCACGCAUCUUCUCACCCUUGUGAUAACAUGGCUGAAGUAUAUUAAGUCCAGAGGUGGCGGUACCACGGGCGACAGCUACUCAUUCGCAAGUCACAAGGGUGACGAAACAGGGCGAGGAAAAGAUCUUGUCACCAACAUAGAACUAUAG